AUGACAGCGGACUUUUUUGAGAGUGUUUUCUCGUUUUCAGAGUUGCCGUACCCGCAGACGCAGGCGCGCCUCUUGGAACUGGCACACUUUGAGAGCGGCUUGAGGGGCCGUGAGCGAUGCUGGUUGGCGGUUCCUGGCGUCCCCGUCAAAGAGUUAGACGCAGGAUGGUUCUAUACACCUUCUGUGAAUGAGUUGCGACAAGAACUGUCACUAGUUCUGCAGGAGCUGGAGGAACGAUGUCCUGAGUGCCUCCCUCAAUUGCGAUCACGUUUUUCUCGUUACAUGCCUCUUUCAUUGCAGCAUGUGGUAGGUGACAGCGUGUCCCUGCACCAGCAGUACCCCGAUGCGGUCUUUCAGGCAGCGAGUCAGUUUAAUCUGCUUGAGUUUCCCUCACCACACUUCGUGCCAGAAAUGGGCGUGGCACACUGUGUGCAUGACAAAACGCAGGGGCCCGCCUGCGCGGUGUCGUGUGCUGUGGGGCUGGCCUAUCGUUGCUACCUGAUGGGCUCACGAUUUGUUUGCGGAAACAGUACGGGGAACGAGAGUGGAGAAGAUAGUCGUGGGCAAACAAAGGAGAGACAGGCAAAUAUGAUGCGGGAUGUAACGCGGUGCAUUACAAAUGGGGAGCCGUAUGGCCUUCCUUCCGUCGCAGCCGACACGUAUUACACCAUCCGCAACGGGUACUUCUCGUCUACAGACAAGCAGAUGACGGCGCUCAUGCAGCGCAUUGAUGCGUUAGCGAAGCAGCGUGGCAUGUCCACCAGUGAUUUCAUGAAUGAGCUGAGUGGCUUAGUGCGCAUAGGUGUUGUUGAGGAUACGAUGGUGACCCUGCCUCUCCAUACACCUGGUGCUUGUGCUGGUGCUGGUGCCCCGUUGCACACCGUCACACAGACGUACAACAGUGCUCUGAGUCUAUCGCCGAAUCAGUCCGAGGUGUCAUGGGCCGCUUUCGCCACUAUGGUACUGGCAGGCUCCUACGAAGCCACAUUGCUCUCUGGUGCGCUCCACGUACUGCGGUCUGUAGAGCGGCACAAAAGCAUGUCGGCAAUGUUGUCCGACAUUCCCCCCAUCUUCUUGACUAAAGUGGGUGGUGGGGUUUUUCAUAAUCAUUCGUCGUGGAUUCGCCGCGCGAUUGAUGUAUCGUUGCAAUCACUGGAACAGUAUCAAGUGCCACUGAACCUGAAACUUGUCCACUUCAGGGGAAUUGAAGAGGCCUAUGUUUAA